AUGUUCGAAAACACCUGCACGCUCCCGCUUCACGCGGACAUCUUCACCACGGCGCUGCACCCGACAGAGCCUCUAUUGACUGUUGGCCUGUCCAACGGCCUUGUCGAAACAUUUCGACUGCCAUCUAGCAAUUCCUCAGAUGACGAUGCUGAUGGAGACUCGAGCGUGCUCAGCGACGGUAGAUCGACGAUCAACUCGGUCUGGAGGACCAAAAGGCACAAGGGAAGCUGUCGCUGUCUGGCCAACUCCCACGAUGGACAAUACCAGUACUCUGCCGGCACGGACGCUCUGAUCAAGCACUACGAUACUGCCACGGGCAAAGUCAUUUCAAAGUUUGCCAUCCCGACCAAUACCUCGCGGCCCGACGGCCCAGCACUGCUACACGUGCUCAACCCGAUGAGCCUCCUUCUUGCUACGGAUACCGGCGCUCUACACAUUGUCGAUUUGCGCGACGGCGCUCUAGGUAAAAAGCCUGCGCAAACGCACUAUCCUCAUUCCGACUACGUCUCGUCCAUCACGCCCCUCCCACCGUCGGAAGAAAGCACCAGCGGCUUUCCCAAGCAAUGGGUCAGCACCGGUGGAACGACCCUAGCUGUUACAGAUGUGCGCCGAGGAGUGCUUGUACGAAGUGAGGACCAAGAGGACGAACUUCUGAGCUCCUGCUUUGUGCCUGGCCUGGGGCCCAAGAAAAACAGAAAUAAUGGUGUCAUGGUUGUUGGAUCUGGAUCCGGCGUGUUGACCAUGUGGGACAAAGGAGCUUGGGAUGACCAGCAAGAACGUAUCAUUGUGGAUCCGGCAAAGUCUGGAGGAGAAAGCAUAGACGCUGUCGUCAUGGUACCCAAGGAGCUGGGAGUGGGCAAAAAGGUGGUUUGCGGCGUUGGCGAUGGUAGCCUGAGAAUCGUCGACCUUGUGCGGAGAGAGGUGGACACGACCCUCAAUCUGAGGCACGACGAUAUGGAGGGCGUGGUCUCCCUAGGAUUCGACUCAGAGAACCGUCUAAUUAGCGCUGGCGGUCGAACAGUCAAGAUUUGGGAGGAGCUAUCAGCGCUUCAGGGCGGCAACAGUAAUAGCGAGGAAGACGAUGAUGAGGACGAUGACGAUGACGACAAUGACGAUGAUGAUUCGGAUGAUGAUGAAGAAAAGACAAACGGCAAACGCGCUGCUGAGAGCGACAGCGACGAUGACAGUGAUGAUGGAGUGGAAGAGAUGAAGCAACGGGCCAAGAGACGAAAGGAGAUGCAGCAGCAAAAGCUGGGACCCAUGGGCGCUCACGGCAUCUUGGGCUUUGAUGGGCUAGAUUAA